ACCACUGCAUUCCAGCCUCGGCAACAGAGUGAGACUUCGUCUCAAAAAAUAAAAUAAAAAUUAUUUUCUAUGAUUUACCAGAAACAUGUUUAACUAAAUUUUCUCUGCGUUCUUUAUUUUAUCCAUUUUGAAUCAAAGGUAAUAUAGAGCCCUAGAUUCUUCCCUUAACCUCCAAAUUGAGUAAGUUCUCUCAACCAAUGUUUAUUAAGCACUAAUUCUACCUCUGCCCCUUCUUCAAAACUGCUAUACUCCUGCAGCUUUAAUUUCCUUAUAAUUUCUGGACUGUUAGUCUCUCUUAUCACUCAUCUCUUCUCCAGAGCUCUUUGUAAUUCAGAUCCCUCUGUAACCCACAGAUCUGAUCGUAUCAUUCUCCUUUACAGAUUUCUUCAGUGGCUCUAUGUUGCUCAUAGGCCCUAGAAGCAAGCUUGGGGAUGAUUAGGGCAAGUAAUUCUCUGAGUCCCAGGUACCAGCAAGUGGCUCUAGAAGGGGAGUUGCUGGUGUGUGCAGACUUCAGGUGGCCACAUGUCCUUGGCCUUGCUGACUACACAUUAAUGGAGGAGGACUACAGCAAGGAACUCCUAAAGUGGUUGUUUAGGUCUAGAUGCAGACCGUGCUACUGUGUGUUGAGAGUAGACCAUUCGUGGCAGUAAGGACAGAAGUGGAGAGAACAUCUGGGAGCCUUACUGCAGUAAUCCAGUUUUCAGAUGCUUCAAGUGUUGUGAACAGAGACUUGUUUGGAUUAUGCGUUUCUCAGCUAGACUAAAUAAAUGCUAACAAUGGAUAAGUGCAAACAUGUUGGGCAGCUGCGGCUUGCUCAAGACCAUUCCAGCCUCAACCCUCAGAAAUGGCACUGUGUGGACUGCAACACGACCGAGUCCAUUUGGGCUUGCCUUAGCUGCUCCCAUGUUGCCUGUGGAAGAUAUAUUGAAGAGCAUGCACUCAAGCACUUUCAAGAAAGCAGUCAUCCUGUUGCAUUGGAGGUGAAUGAGAUGUAUGUUUUUUGUUACCUUUGUGACGAUUAUGUUCUGAAUGAUAAUGCAACUGGAGACCUGAAGUUACUACGGAGUACAUUAAGUGCAAUCAAAAGUCAAAAUUAUCACUGCAUGACUCGUAGUGGGAUGGUUUUACGGUCCAUGGGUACAAGUGAUGAUUCUUAUUUCUUAUAUGACGGUGCGCAAUCUCUGCUUCAAAAUGAAGAUCAAAUGUAUACUGCUCUUUGGCACAGGAGAAGGAUAUUAAUGGGUAAAAUCUUUCGAACAUGGUUUGAACAAUCACCCAUUGGAAGAAAAAAGCAAGAAGAACAAUUUCAGGAAAAAUUAGUAGUAAAAAGAGAAGUAAAGCGAAGACGGCAAGAAUUAGAGUAUCAAGUUACAGCAGAAUUGGAAAGUAUGCCUCCAAGAAAGAGUUUACGUUUACAAGGGCUCGCUCAGUCGACCAUAAUAGAAAUAGUUCCUGUUCAGGUGCCAGCACAAAUGCCAGCAUCAACAGCAAAAGAUAAAGUACUCUCUACCUCAGAAGAUGAAAGAUCUCAAAAAAUCAAUGACUCCUCAGUUAAACGAAGGCCAAUAGUAACUCCUGGUGUAACAGGAUUGAGAAAUUUGGGGAAUACUUGCUAUAUGAAUUCUGUUCUUCAGGUGUUGAGUCAUUUACUUAUUUUUCGACAAUGUUUUUUAAAGCUUGAUCUGAACCAAUGGCUGGCUGUGACUGCUAGUGAGAAGAAAAGAUCUUUCUGUAAGCAUCCACCAGUCACAGAUACAGUAGUAUAUCAAAUGAAUGAAUGUCAAGAAAAAGAUACAGGUUUUGUUCGCUCCAGACAAUCAAGUCUGUCAUCAGGACUAAGUGGUGGAGCAUCAAAAAGUAGAAAGAUGGAACUUAUUCAGCCAAGGGAGCCAACUUCACAGUACCUUUCUCUUUGUCAUGAAUUGCAUACUUUGUUCCAAGUCAUGUGGUCUGGAAAGUGGGCGUUGGUCUCACCAUUUGCUAUGCUACACUCAGUGUGGAGACUCAUUCCUGCCUUUCGUGGUUAUGCCCAACAAGAUGCUCAGGAAUUUCUUUGUGAACUUUUAGAUAAAAUACAACAUGAAUUAGAGACAACCGGUACCAGUUUACCAGCUCUUAUCCCCACUUCUCAAAGGAAACUCAUCAAACAAGUUCUGAAUGUUGUAAAUAACAUUUUUCAUGGACAACUUCUCAGUCAGGUUACAUGUCUUGCAUGUGACAACAAAUCCAAUACCAUAGAACCUUUCUGGGACUUGUCAUUGGAGUUUCCAGAAAGAUAUCAAUGCAGUGGAAAAGAUAUUGCGUCUCAGCCAUGUCUGGUUACUGAAAUGUUGGCCAAAUUUACAGAAACGGAAGCUUUAGAAGGAAAAAUCUACGUAUGUGAGCAGUGUAACUCAAAGCGUAGAAGGUUUUCCUCCAAACCAGUUGUACUCACAGAAGCCCAGAAACAACUUAUGAUAUGCCACCUACCUCAGGUUCUCAGACUGCACCUCAAACGAUUCAGGUGGUCAGGAUGUAAUAACCGAGAGAAGAUUGGUGUUCAUGUUGGCUUUGAGGAAAUCUUAAACAUGGAGCCCUAUUGCUGCAGGGAGACCCUGAAAUCCCUCAGACCAGAAUGCUUUAUCUAUGACUUGUCUGCGGUGGUGAUGCACCAUGGGAAAGGAUUUGGCUCAGGGCACUACACUGCCUACUGCUAUAAUUCUGAAGGAGGGUUCUGGGUACACUGCAAUGAUUCCAAGCUAAGCAUGUGCACUAUGGAUGAAGUAUGCAAGGCUCAAGCUUAUAUCUUGUUUUAUACCCAACGAGUUACUGAGAAUGGACAUUCUAAACUUUUGCCUCCAGAGCUCCUGUUCGGGAGCCAACAUCCCAGUGAAGAUGCUGAUACCUCGUCUAAUGAAAUCCUUACCUGAUCCAAAGACAAUGGGGUUUUCUUCCUGUGAUUUAUAUAUAUACUUUUAAAAAGACUGAUGUACCAUUUUAAACUUUUCUUAUGAAUCAGUGUAUAUACUACAUUUAUACAUUUUUAUAUCUAACUACAAUUUUUUUUUUAACAAAGUAUAAAUGUGUAUAUCAACUGAAGGUAACUACUUUUUUCAAAUAUUUGGAGUUUUAAACUUUUGGUGUUUACCUCAGGCUGAUGUUACCUCUUUUAUAUUUUUAUGUCUUAAUUGGCUUGGAUCAUGAAUUUGUGCAAUCUUCUACCAACAAAGUUCGAGUGGCAUCAUUUUAUAUACAUGUGUUAUCUUUUUCAGGUAUUUUCUAUACAAAUUCUUAAUAGAUGGAAAAUUAGACUUUGCUUGGUCACUAAUAGUCUUUCUUUCAUUUGUAUAUUGAAGUUACCUUGCCCGUUGGAGUUAUUGAAGUGACAUGUCAAGUUAUCACCUAAAUAUUCUUCAGUCACACUCACUGGUAUUUCUGAGGCUUUGUGUGUUAACAGGCCUUGUAAUAGACAUUAUUUUGGUUAAUGUAACCCCAAAAUUGUUUUAGUAAUUGCUAUUUGGCAUAGUCAAACUAUAAAUUAAAAUGGCAGCUUUACAAAUAGUAUAUUUAAGUGACCUUUGGAACUAUGGACAUGAAAAAAUGAUGCCUGGGAUUUAUGAUUUUUGUCUGGCAGCAAACAGGUUUGUCCAGAAGUCUAAAAAUUAAGCAGUCAUAAAAAGUCUGAAUUUAGCAAACCAGUAUAUGAUGUUAUUCAAAUAGUUUACCUUGGGUAUGAGUUCAUUUUAUAAUGUCUGAUGACAUUAGAUCUCUUAAAACUUUAUAUGUAUUUUUUAGUUCAAAGGAAUAAAGAGUCUUGAAGAGAAAAAAUUACAGGGCAAAAAAGUGUUCAAAAUUGGCAACUGGACUAUUAUGUCUAGCAUCUCAUUCUCCUAAAUAACUAAAGUUUGAUUUACUCUUGCUAGGAUUAUGUGACUACUAGGUAGGAGCCUCUUAAAACACUGGCCCUGAGCACUAAAAAAAAUUAAAAGCUAUCUAAACUUGCAAAAAAAAAAAAAAAAAAAAAAGCCGUGAGUCAUUCUUUUUGUUCUUCUCUGAUAAUCUCACUGGAUUUCUUUAAAGUCCUGUUGCUGCUAACUUUAUCUUGUUUGGAGAGGGCAGAAUCAACUAAUCUGCAGACCAGCUAUGUAUCUAAGCUCUGUUAACCACAGAAGAUCAUGUAUCCUUUUUUUAUAAGUGGGUUUAUUUGCAGGUUGAAGUCUUAGUGAAAGAUAAUAUCCUGUAGAAUGCUGUUCACCAGUAGUGAUCAUCUGUAAGUACAAACUUGAAAGAGAUCUCUACCAGUAAAUAACAAGUCGUCUGGGUUAGCUGAAGUGCAAUGAGACUUUUAUCACUGAACAGACAAAUCAUUUGUGCCAAAAACACAUCUGGAAUAUUAAAUAGCUGUGUUUAAAAUUGUUCAUAAUACCUAUGCAAGUCAUUACCUCAACUGUUACACACUUAAUACCUCAUUAAAAAUUUAUGUGUUCAAGAUA